AGAUCAUUUUCUUGGGUUCUCGAUUUCUUACAUUAUUUUCUUGAAUUUGAGAUUUAUUGGGUGAUAUGGCCUAGAUUUUGUUAGUCUUUUAAAGAGAGUUUUCUGGCCCUUUUCCUCUGUUUUAUGUUCUGAGAUAUCAAGGACAUGCAACUCCCUGGCCAAGGAAUUGGAUUCAUGGGGAUUUAUGAAGAAUAUACUGGGAUUUAUUUAUUUGGGAAUUAUCAGCUCCGGGCCUUAGUUUUAUAAGGAAAGAGAUUCUCUUGUAAAUUAUUGGAGGAGCAAAUGUCACUAAGUUUUUUGAUUUUAUCUGCCUGCAUGAUUCUCUGUUAAUUAAAACUGAAUUCUGUUAGCCAGUUGUGUGAUCUGUGAUGGUCGUGUUGCUGUCAUCUUUUUUGGUUUGCAACUGUUAGCGGAUUUAUGUGCAUUUAAAAAUUUCUUUGUCGGUUAGUUUUUUUGUUAAAAAAUAUUUUUCUUGAAUCAAUGAGUACGUUUCAUUUCCAUGCUAUAUACUAUGUCAAAAAUUUUCUUUAAUUUCAAUGUUAUUAUAACUUGUUUUGAACUUUUUUUUUGGGCCCCUUUAUUUAUUAACUGCAGGUACAAAUUCAGUGCUAAAGGCAACUUGUUGUGAAGUUUUGUUUUGGUGAAGGUUGCUGUUUUGAUGGGCUGUGUAUGUGUAAAGCCUGUCAAGCACACGCCUGGAUAUGAGGAUCCUGUUAUUCUUGCUUCUGAGACAACUUGUGCGUUUACUGUAAGUGAAGUAGAGGCGUUGUACGAACUGUUCAAAAAAAUAAGUCAUUCGAUAAUUAAAGAUGGCCUUAUACAUAAGGAGGAAUUCCAACUUGCACUCUUCAGGAAUAGCAAUAAGAAGAAUCUCUUCGCAGACAGGGUAUUCGACUUGUUUGAUGCCAAACGCAAUGGUGUUAUUGAUUUUGGAGAAUUUGUUCGAUCUUUAAGCAUCUUCCACCCUGACACGGAGAAAACAGAAAAAAUUUCAUUUGCAUUUAGGUUGUAUGACUUAAGGCAUACUGGCUUCAUUGAACCUGAUGAGUUAAAGGAGAUGGUGCUGGCUCUUUUAAAUGAAUCAGAUUUAUGCCUUUCAGAUGAUGUAGUCCAACAAAUAGUCGAUAAGACCUUCGCCGAGGCAGAUAAAAAGGGUGAUGGAAAGAUAGAUCCAGAUGAAUGGAAAGAAUUUGUAGUUCAAAAUCCUUCAUUACUUAAGAACAUGACCCUCCCGUAUUUAAAGGACAUAACCAUGGCGUUUCCGAGCUUUGUCAUGAAAUCAGAAGUAAAUGACGACGAAAUGAUGUAAUUGUUAAAAAGACUGAUGUUGUCGAAUGCAAACCUACAUCACAAGGGAAAAUGCCUCUUUGGAGCUCAGGUUUUCGGUUGAGCUCCUACAAUGACAACGAUAACAAAGAGUCAGUGAUCUGCUUUUGAUCCGUAGCAGAUUUAGCAACUCGCACGUCGCAGCAAAAUUUUUAGAAUGAGGAUCCUUAAAGGUGCUGCAUAUGCUACUCCCCUAAUCUCACACUAUCUUUCAGUUGUUACUGAUGGGGGGAAGGAGCAAUUCAUGUGUAUAGUUUUGACUUGAGGUUGUAUGAAACAUGUGUUCGGUUAAUGAAAAUUUUGAGGUUCUGAUA